GAUCUGUGGGGUGUCUCGGGCGCGCGUGCACGGCAGCAUCAUCACGCGCAGCAUCUUUCGCCCACAGACAUCUCUGCGUUUCACUUAAUUUUUACUUCUCAGACAAAAAGAGCGUCUACUACUGCGUCAUAUCUUUAUAUUCUGCUCUUCUGGAUAACCGUGAGGAUAUUUGCGCCGCGGGAUUGAAGUGUUUUCAUGGAAAAUGGCGAGAUGGGCUCACGCGUGUCUGCUGCUGAUUAUGGUGAUUUUCAGCGGAUCGUGGACCGCAGUGGACGCGCUCACAUUCCCACAGCAUUACACGAUCAUGCACUGGGCUCGUCGCAUUGAACAGGAGAUUGACAGAGUCUUGCAGCACAUCAGCGGCGCUCAACAACUGAAGGGGAUCUACAGUGAGAAGAGAAGACAGUUCAGUCUGGUCAGAAAUAACCCUCGAGACAUCGUAGAAAAAGUGGCGACUGACAUUGAGAGACUGCUGGCCAAGAAACGCAAAGCGCUUGAGAAACUGGCGAGUGAAGCGGAGCGUCUUCAGAAAGAUCAUCACUGGCAAGAUGGAAUCAAGGAGGAAAAUAUUGAAUAUUAUAACUCUAAAGCAGAGAUGGACUAUGAUGGUGAAGACAUCGAUUCUCAGAUGUCGCUGAAACUGGAGUUCGUGUACGACCCGAUCUUUAAGAACCAUGUGAAUUUCUCACACACCGCCGUCCAGAUCCCUACAGACAUCUACAAAGGCGCUCCAGUGAUUCUGAAUGAGUUGAACUGGACACAAGCUUUAGAGCGAGUCUUCAUGGAGAACAGCAGAGACGACCCGUCGUUACUCUGGCAAGCGUUUGGGAGCGCCACGGGGGUCACGAGAUAUUACCCAGCUGCUCCCUGGAGAGCACCGGAUAAGAUCGACCUUUACGAUGUACGACGGAGACCCUGGUACAUUCAAGGAGCGUCUUCGCCGAAAGACAUGGUCAUCCUCGUAGACGUGAGCGGCAGCGUCAGUGGACUCACUCUCAAACUGAUCAAAGCUUCAGUCACAGAGAUGCUCGACACGCUCUCCGACGACGAUUAUGUCAAUGUGGCUAGGUUCAACGAGAAGGCCGAGGCAGUGGUGCCCUGCUUUAGGCACCUGGUUCAGGCCAAUGUACGCAACAAAAAGAUCUUUAAAGAGGCCGUGCAGCAGAUGCAGGCCAAAGGAACCACCGAUUACAAAUCCGGCUUUCACUUCGCCUUCAACCAGCUGCUCAACAAGACGAAUGUUCCUCGAGCCAACUGCAAUAAAAUCAUCAUGUUAUUUACUGACGGAGGGGAGGACCGAGCUCAGGACAUCUUCGAGCAGUACAACUGGCCCAAUAAGACGGUCCGUGUGUUCACGUUCUCGGUGGGGCAGCACAAUUAUGAUGUCACUCCGCUGCAGUGGAUCGCAUGUGCUAAUAAGGGAUACUAUUUUGAGAUCCGCUCCAUCUGUGCUAUAAGGAUUAACACCCAGGAGUAUCUGGACGUACUGGGCCGCCCCAUGGUUCUGGCAGGUAGAAGUGCCAAGCAGGUGCAAUGGACCAACGUCUAUCAGGAUGCUCUGGGUUUGGGGCUGGUGGUGACGGGGACGAUGCCGGUCUUCAACCUCACCAUAGACGGAAACUCUCAGAAUCAGCUGCUGUUAGGGGUGAUGGGGGUCGACGUUCAUCUGGAUGAGCUGAAGAGACUCACGCCACAGUACAAGCUGGGAGCAAACGGAUACAUCUUCGCCAUCGACCCAAAUGGAUACGUGCUCAUGCAUCCGAACCUGCAGCCUCGAGAAGAGGAUUUGCCAGAGCCGGUGACACUGGACUUCCUGGACGCAGAAGUAGAAGACAGUAGUAAACAGGAGAUUCGUCGGCAAAUGAUUGAUGGGCGAUCAGGAGAAAUGACGAUCAAAACUCUAAUUAAAUCAGUGGACGAGCGCUACAUUGAUGAUGUCAUACGCAUUUACUCCUGGACACCAAUUAACGACACUGAUUACAGUCUGGGUCUGGUACUUCCUCCGUACAAUGAGUAUUACAUCCAGGCUGAUCUCAGCGAUGUCAUGCUACAGCUGCAGUAUUUACAGUCUCUGCUGCCGAACUCUUUUGAGUCCGCUGGUCAUGUGUUUCUGGCCCCCAGAGAAUACUGCAAGCGUCUGCAGUUGGCUGAGAAUAACACACAGUUCCUGGCGAACUUCCUGUCUCUGAUGGUGGAGAUUUCACCUGAAUCUGAAGACUGUGAUCAGGGACUCAUUCAUAACCUGAUCUUGGAUUCUAUGAUCCUCUGGCAGCUCGCCACACGCGUUUGGCAGAACAAAGACCUCAACACGUACGGCUUCUUGGCGCUGUUCGCGUCCACCAAUGGAGGCGUCACACGCGUUUACCCCAACAUGGCUGCUGAAUCAUGGGAAGAGGACCCCGAGCCUCUGAACUCAAACUUCUUCCGUCGCAGUCUGGACAACAAAGGCUACAUCUUCAGAGCGCCAACACGAGACUCGAUGGAUGAUCUGUUAAUCUCAGAGAACGGCACUGUGGGGAUUCUGGUCACCACCGCUGUGGAGGUCGUGAUCGGAGGCAAAACCAUGAGGCCUGCUGUGGUCGGCGUUAAGCUGGAUUUUGAGGCCUGGGUCGACAAGUUCAAGAUCCUCGCCAGCAACGUAUCAGACAGCAGACAGUCCGCACAUAAGUGUGGCCCGUCCAGAUCCUGUGAGAUGGACUGUGAAGUGAACAGCGAUGAUCUGCUGUGUUACCUGAUUGAUGAUGGCGGUUUCCUGGUUAUGUCCAAUCAGAGAGAUCACUGGAAAAAGGUGGGGCUGUUCUUCGGCGAGGUUGACCCCUACCUGAUGUUCGCCCUCUACAACAACUCAAUCUACGCCCGCCAUCAGACCUUCCAGUUUCAGUCGGCCUGUGAGCCGACGGCCAGCAGCCACACGGGAGCCGCACACAGAGGAUUCUAUGUGCCCUCCAUUGCUGAUUUCCUCAGUCUGGCCUGGUGGACGUCAGCAGCAGCGUGGUCUGUUCUCCAGCAGUCCCUGUAUGGACUUAUCUACAGCAGCUGGUUCACCACAGCAGACGCCUGGGUUGAGGGUUCAGACACUAAAGGGAGCAGCAGCUGCGUGACGGUUCACAGUCAGUUCUACUUCACCAACACCACCAACUCCUUCAAUGUGCUGCAGGACUGUGGGAACUGCUCCAGGUUGUUCCACGCCAAACGUAUAGAAAACACGAACCUGUUGUUUGUGGUGGCUGAGACACUGCCCUGCAGCUCUUGCGAGAUCGAGAAACUCCUGCCUGUCAGAACAAAGUCUCAAGAAGAGAACCCGUGUGAUGUGUUAAAUUCUGCCCGCUAUCGGAAAGGACCUGACAAAUGCUUCGACUACAACUCAGAGGAGAACACAUCUGAGUGUGGCAGCGCUCACUCUUUACACUGUCCCAUGGGAGUUCUGCUCUGGAUUCAGUUAUUGUCGCUUUACCUCAUUCUACGAUCGUAAUCUGAGUCCCACUGGCUUUGGUGUUCCCUGUCCCUCAUCCGUACAACACUCCGGGUCCUCUCCUGACAUCCUUCUGAUUAUCCAGCUCUCUUUCUCAUCGUGAGGUGCAUUCCAGCUGUGUGCCAUUACAGCAGAGCAUGAUGGGAAAACAUGUCUUAGUAACCCCUGACAUUGUGCAGAUCCAAAAAAACAACAAAUGUCUUAAAUCGUUCACCUUUAUAUUCGGAAAACGUACAAAAAAACAACAACAACCUUUCUGCUGCCGUGAAGUAUUUUUGCUUGCCAAAUCCAAAAACAGGAAAGGACCUGGUUUGUUUUCGAAAGACUGAAACACGACACAAGUUUUGACGGUUAUUAUCACAAUCUCGCAUUGAGUGUUUAUUUGAGUCUUGCUUUGUUCUGGAUUUAGUGCCAAACCCUGAUGUAUGUGGAUGCUCAAACGCGGGGGACACGCAGCUUUCAUUUAAAUAUUUUGUUCCAAGGCUUUCUUGCCAAAAGAGAAUGCCGUAUUAUCGCAAAC